CUUGUGCAACACAUUUCCUCGGCGUUUGACGUCUCCUUGGCAACACUGCCAACAGUGCAAAGGUUGACGACUGGAAUCUUUUAGGCUUUCAGUCCCCUUUCAGCAGCAUUGCACUUUAAAGUUCCAGAAAGCACAUCUUGCAUACCUGUUUCCAAGGGCGAUGGGUUCCCACACGGCCGUGUGGGGCAAGACAACAGGCCGGUUCUGCGCCUCGCUAGAACGACUUUCCGCAUAUCACCUGAGGACUCGUGGCCCUAGAUCAUUCUGCACUUUUCAGCUCCCCCGAAAUUCAACCAAACUUUCUAGCCAGAAUGUCAGCUCGCAAUCUGGAGCGGGUUUGAAGCUUCGGGACACCGAUCGGUUAGAGAGGGCGCCCCAAAUAGCACAGACUUUCAUACCACCGUAUAGGUCAGUGUGCGUUAGAGGGGCUGCUUCAAAGGCGCUGUCCCCGUCGUUACAGGAUAGUCAACGGCAAGACCAAAGUGCGGGCGCUCGGUAUUUUGCGGCUGACAAGAGGCCAAUCAUUCUCUUUGAUGGAGUUUGCAACUUUUGCAAUGGUGGUGUGAACUUCAUGCUGGACAACGACCCUCAGGGCAAGUUGCGGUUUGCCGCUCUCCAAAGUGACGCCGGGAGGGCUCUGCUGCAGCGGGCUGGCCGGGCUCCAGAGGAUAUCUCCAGCAUCGUCUUGAUAGAGCCGGACAGGUCUUACACCCACUCAGAAGCCAUCCUACGGAUUGCCCAAUAUCUGCCGGAGCCCUUUUGGCGUGCUCGGAAAACUGGGCAUGGUUGCGCCUGGGCUUGUUAGAGACGCCUUCUACAAGCUUGUUGCGGAGAACCGGUACAACAUUCUUGGAAAGACAGACCAAUGUCGGAUAGGCGAUGAAAGAUUCAAUGACAGGUUUGUGAGUUCGUGAGCUUGAACCGAGUUCAGUGGAUAUCAAGCCCAGGCUCCUCAUAGAUCAGUGAAUUUAGUACAUACGAUUACUUCUUAUGCUAUGAAGGUUCUGUACAUACAUUGCUUACGAGGGUUCGGCUUCAGGACUGAGUCCAGUCGCGACGGUUUCGACCGAUUUUAGAGUGAUAUUUUGAUCAUGCAAUAAUCUGCCCAUUCUCCAA